CGGACAGAAGGAAUCAAGUCUGACCUGAAUUCAGGUGGGAAACGGUGCAAAAACAGUCAUAAACUUUUGGGCCAGAUAAUCGUGGCAGCUAUAUCAAUGGAAUUUCUGUGGUCUUUUUUGAUCUCGCUGUGCUUAAUGUGUCUCGCGGUCGAACUCAUCGAAGCCCAGCAGCCUGGUGUAAUCGCUGAGCUGGAAGAGCCGUUUGUUCUGCCGUUUGGACCCAGACAUCUGGAUCUGUUCAUGAACAAGGGGUCGGACCAGUGCGCACAUAUGGACAACUUCACUUACCCAUUCCAAUACGGAAGUAUUCAAGUGUCCAAAGUAUCAGUUUGCAAUGACGCAUAUGUGGACUUUGUGAGCAGGAGUAGACUGGACAAGCCUCAGGACUUCCUGGCGACUGACAGCUUCCUAGUGGCAAUGGCACUGCACGACCACGAGAUAGAGGACGGACUGUUCGACUACAUGUGUCUGCUCAGCAACCAUCACUACGAAUUCCAAGAUCCAGAGGUAUUUGACUACGACUACGAGGACGUCUGUGGGUUCUACCUGGAGGCACCCGACUUCGUGGGAGACACACAAUGGAGUGUGGAUGUGAAACUGAAGCCGGGGUUCAACCCUGUAAAUGACGCAUACCUCCAGCAGUGGAACAGCCAGUUGCUUCAACGAGACCAGGUCACCCUGCACCACGAUGACGUCAUCACCAGAUUAUUGAUGGGAUUGGCGACCACUAAGUACGUCAACCUGGCAGGGAACGUGUUCAGACGAGGGAUCACUAACAGCUCCGACUUGGACUCAGUGGACGACUUGAUCAACAGUCGACACUCUGAUUUCAGAAGUGACUUCGGCUACGUGGCCACUUGGUACAAGGUCAUGGACAAUGACAUGGAGACUGCCUUCUUCAACAGCUACCAACUCAUCAUAGUGUGUCAGUUACGUCAUACUGAUGAGUCACAGGAAAACACGACAGAUGACUCAUCAUCGGUGGCCGAGAAGUGUUUCGUCAUCAUGGACUUUUAUGAGAUCAACUUCAGCCAGGAACAAGGAAAUCCCAUGCACUUCGUCACUGGAUUCAAAUUUUCCCUCUUCGACGUGGAGUAUGAACUGCCUGGAUCUGGCACUGCAGAUGUGCACCACUAUCAGUACAGCUCUAACUUCGCCAUUCCGGGCAUCUGGGUGUUCGAGUUGAAACAGACUGGCAACACCGCAGACCUAAACUGGGUCAUAGCCCCCCUCGCAGACUUCGCUACCAAUCCAGACCCCUGUCCUGGCGCUCAACUCACCCCCUCCCAACCUCACUCUUCGAUGUUUCUAACGGAAACUCAGUUUAUUGUCUUCGGACCUUGUGAAAUGCUAGGCGGAAUGGGAAGCCUGGUCAAGUUCAACUUCAAAGGUCACUUUGAGCGGGAGAUUGAGGCUGUGGCCUUCGAUGGCUCCAACACUCUCUUCGCCCUCGCCCCCGUUCCCUUGAUGUGGGGGGUGAAUGAGGAUGUCAUCAUCACUGUCACUCUUGGAGGCGUAGUUGUAGGGGGUCCAUUCCACUUCACCUUCAUUGCACCUGAAGGACAGCUGAUUAAUGAGGGGGAGCAGGCGCAACAGAUGACAGGGCUCUUUUCUAGUCUUCUCUCUCCUUUUUGA